GGUGUCUCCUCAGAAAACACGAAUAUUUGCUAACAAAAUUAACGGCGCUUUUUUGGUCUUUAUCCGAGUCUUCCUUUUCUUCCUCUCUUCAUUUUCUGGAUGCAUGUUGCUCUGUGUAUCGAAUUUUGAUGGGCCGUCCAACGAAGCUGAAAGAUCUGAUUGGCUUUCUCAAGGACAAAGCUUCCAUAAUCAAAGCAAGUCUGUUAUCCAAACACAAUACCUCUUCUAUACACGUAGCCGUCCUUCGUGCCACCACCCAUGACCGGGCCGCACCGCCACCGGAGUAUCGCAUAACCGCCGUCCUCUCCCUUGGCCAUGGCACCCGUGCUACCGCCUGUGCAUGUAUCGAAGGUCUCAUGGACCGCCUCCACAACACCCGGAAUGCGUCUGUGGCCCUCAAGUGCCUCUUCACCAUCCACAACAUCGUCAGAAGAGGCUCCUUCAUCCUCAAGGACCAGCUCUCCUUCUGCCCUUCCUCCGGGGGUCACAACUUUCUCAACCUCUCCGUCUUCCGUGACGGCUCCGAUGUUGACUCCUUGGAGUUGUCGUUGUGGGUCAGGUGGUACGCUGGAGUCGUGGAGCAAAACCUGAUAGUUUCGAGGGCUUUGGGAUACUACCUUUCUUCUACUUCAGGGCCCUCUAAGAAUCACAAACGAGAAGACAAUAUUUCUAUGCUGUUGAACUUGGAUUUAUUGGCACAAACAAAUGCUUUGGUGGGCAUGGUUGAAGAAAUUUGCAGAGUGCCCGAUUCAUUACAUCUUCAAAGAAAUGAUUUGGUGUAUGAGGUGGUGAGAUUGGUGGGUGAAGAUUAUAGGUUGGUUCAAUACGAAAUAUUCCUCCGAGUGAAGGAUCUACAAGAUAGAAUGGGUAGUUUAAAUUUGGGGGAGGCGGCUGAUUUCUUAUGGGGCUUGAAGAGGUUGGAGAACUGCAAAGAGAGGACGGCGGAGCUGUUCGCCAACAGAAAAAGGAACGAUGCACUGUGGGAAUUGAUAAGUGAGGCGAAGGAGGGACUGGUGACGAUGAAGGAGAGCAGAGAGAAGAGAUUGUUGACGAUAGGGAUGAGAGAUGAGCCGAGUGAGUUAAACUCGUUUCAGGGAAGGAAUCGUUGGGUCGUUACAGUUAUGCCGGUUCAAAGGUGAUGACGAGUUGUUAGGCGUGAACCAAUGUCCUUUAACUGUUUCAACAGUUAGAUGACGCUGGGCACCGCGUGACUCCAUGAUUGAGAAAAUUACCUUGUUUGAGAUUGGGUGUUUUUUUCUUCUGGCCCUCCUUUCAAUGAGUAAUUUAGUAAAUAGGAUACAUACUUUGAAUGUUUGUUUUUUAUUUUUCUCCCGACCCUUUGCCAUCCAAGAUUCCAUUCCAUCACUCAACAUGCCCAAUAAACUUGACCAUUUCAAUGGA